AUGAGCGAAGCGGAAGGCAGGGAAGCCGACGAGGAUGGGAAUGGAAGCGACGACGAAGAUGAGGAGGAUGAGGACGAGGACGAGGAUAACGAAGAUGAAGAUAACGAAGAUGAGGAAGACUUAACGAGAACGAGGGUCAGGAUGAUGAAGACGAAGACGAGGACGAGAGUCAGGACGAUGAAGAUGAAGGCGAGUACGAUGUUUAACAUGAACGGGGGAACCACAAGAGCGAGAGUGGUGGAAGUGAAGAGUGCGUUGAGAGCUGUGGUGAUAAGUCGGAGGCUGAGGACGAAGAGAAUCUCGACUAAGCUCCUAGCUCUACUUAAGACUAUGAGGAGGAAAUCGAUGGAGGGUCAUGGGAAUAUCAAGGCGUCAUGGACAUAG